AUGACCGACAGGAAAGCAGUGAUCAAAAAUGCUGACAUGUCAGAAGAUAUGCAGCAAGAUGCUAUUGAUUGUGCAACACAGGCUUUAGAGAAAUAUAAUAUCGAGAAAGAUAUAGCAGCGUAUAUAAAGAAAGAAUUUGACAAGAAAUACAACCCAACAUGGCACUGUAUUGUUGGUCGAAAUUUCGGGUCAUACGUUACACACGAAACAAAACACUUCAUCUACUUUUAUUUGGGCCAAGUAGCAAUACUUUUGUUUAAGAGUGGCUGA